AUGGAGCCCCACCUGCUCGGGCUGCUCCUCGGCCUCCUGCUCUGUGGCACCAGGGUCCUCGCCGGCUACCCAAUUUGGUGGUCCCUGGCCCUGGGCCAGCAGUACACAUCCCUGGGCUCACAGCCCCUGCUCUGCGGCUCCAUCCCAGGCCUGGUCCCCAAGCAACUGCGCUUCUGCCGCAAUUACAUCGAAAUCAUGCCCAGCGUGGCCGAGGGCGUGAAGCUGGGCAUCCAGGAGUGCCAGCACCAGUUCCGGGGCCGCCGCUGGAACUGCACCACCAUCGACGACAGCCUGGCCAUCUUCGGGCCCGUCCUCGACAAAGCCACCCGCGAAUCGGCCUUCGUGCACGCCAUCGCCUCAGCCGGCGUGGCCUUCGCCGUCACACGCUCCUGUGCCGAAGGCACCUCCACCAUCUGUGGCUGCGACUCGCAUCAUAAAGGGCCUCCCGGCGAGGGCUGGAAGUGGGGCGGCUGCAGCGAGGACGCCGACUUCGGGGUGCUUGUGUCCCGGGAGUUCGCGGACGCACGUGAGAACAGGCCGGAUGCGCGCUCGGCCAUGAACAAGCACAACAACGAGGCUGGCCGCACGACCAUCCUGGACCACAUGCACCUCAAGUGCAAGUGCCACGGGCUGUCGGGCAGCUGCGAGGUCAAGACCUGCUGGUGGGCCCAGCCUGACUUCCGCGCCAUCGGGGACUUCCUCAAGGACAAGUACGACAGCGCCUCGGAGAUGGUGGUGGAGAAGCACCGGGAGUCCCGUGGCUGGGUGGAGACCCUCCGCGCCAAGUACGCACUCUUCAAGCCGCCCACUGAGAGGGACCUGGUCUACUACGAGAACUCCCCCAACUUUUGCGAGCCCAACCCCGAGACAGGCUCCUUCGGCACCAGGGACCGGACUUGCAAUGUCACCUCCCACGGCAUCGAUGGCUGCGACCUGCUCUGCUGCGGCCGCGGCCACAACACAAGGACGGAGAAGCGGAAGGAGAAGUGCCACUGCAUCUUCCACUGGUGCUGCUACGUGAGCUGCCAGGAGUGUAUCCGCAUCUACGAUGUGCACACCUGCAAGUAG